AUGCAGGUUGAGUUUUUGCCUGAUUAUAUCUUCCAGAAACGGAAAUUCACUUACACAAGUGCUGAAAGCAGCACAAGCAUCAAGCCCCCUUUAAAACGAAAGAAGAGCAAAGAAAACAUUGCUGGCGGGCAAGCUGAUGAGUUUGACGAAUGGGAUGAUGACCUAAAGUUAACUCAACAAGAACUGACAGAUAUUGAUGUUGCUGCUUCACAAGCUUAUGUCCAGACGUCGAAUGCACCCAGUUUGUGCCAAGGCACUAAUCAAGCCCCUAUAAAUUUACCAGCACCAUCCAAACCUGCUCCACACCCAAGUAGAGGUCCACUACAAAAUGAACCAAAUAUUUAUAUUCCAAAAUUGGUGCGCCAGUCGUCUUCCACAUCUUCGUCCAGUACAUAUCCUAUUUCAUCAUCAGCGACAUAUGAAUCGUGUAGCUCUAACCAUAGCACAAGCAGCAAUGGUCCAAGGGCACCUCUACAGCUUGGUAGAACGGGCAGUACCACUGCAGCUCCUAGUGUCCAGAGGUUUACUCCUGGAGCCACUACUAACUUUCCAAAUAACCUGAUGGCAGAACUGGAACAAUUGAGAGAGGAAAUGAAGAAGUUUGCGACCCUAAAAGAGGAAAUGUAUAUUAAAGAAGGACAGAUAAAGUUUCUUCAAAAAGACUUACAGCGUCGUGAGCAGGAAGUUGCACAGCUGCACCAGGAAAAAAUGCAAGAGGAGACACGAGAACGCAGUGAGAAAGAGAAGACUCUCAAGACUGAAGUGGAACGUCUAGUAGUAGAGCUUCAAUUCAAAAACCAGGAAAUCCAUCGACUGAGAGAAAAAUGCCUUGAAACAAAACCCAGCAGCAGCACUUCUGAUACUGCUGGUAGCCCUAAAGUGCGUCGGAUAUUAGUUGAAAGGCCUUCUCCACAUCCCACUACACCACAGAAAAUUAAAGAGGAAAAACCAAUUCCACUUAGCAGUCCUCCCAAAUCAACCAAUGAAACUAGUGUAAGUUAUAAAGUCCGAAGAAAUUGUUCACUCCAGGUUUCUAUGCCCAAAGGUGCUCUCCAUGGUUCUCAGCUGAUAUCCCAGUUAUUGCAAAACAGUUCCAAUGCUACAGAAUCCUUGCCACUGUCAAGUUCAGGUACUAAUAUUGUACCCUUACUCCAUUUACAUACCACACUGGAUUUUCAGGGGGUCAAAUUUUGUCGAGAUGAAGAAAAUUUCUUCCUGUUUCCUGUUGCCAAAAGUGGAGCUGAUAUUCAGAAAAUUGUUGAAACAUCUGAUAAGAAGAAAUCUUUUGUGUCCAACGUGAAUCUUGACCUGGCCAUGUAUGGAAUCUCACAGCUGCUGACCAUAGAAAACGUACUUAGUGGUCGUCAAUUAUUUGACACUACUGCAGAGUCUGUUAGCAAACAUUCCUGUCCUAGUCUAUUACUGCUACCCUUGAUGGAAGAGUACUUCACUCAGUACUCUGAACAGCUAAGUACUCAAUUGUUAGAUUUUCGAUCCACUCACUCUGAUAAUGGCAAUGCAACUUCGUCGUCAGCUGGAGGCUCAUGGAAAACAAGCUCGGUUGAAAGCUCUCUGGAAUCUUUGGGUAGUUCUCUGAACUUCUUGUUGCAAGUACGGUCAGAUGUGGCCAAUAAUUUGGAACAGUUAACCCUGUCAGCACUCAGAAUACUUUUCAAAUUAGCUUCCUUUUCCCCUGGACUGAGAUGGGCUCUUCUCACCCUGAACACUUCAUCUGACACUGAAAAGCUUGUUUGUUCUUUGAUUUGUUCCCUUGCAAUGACCAGUCCAGAUAAAAAAAAUGCCAGCCCUAAAACUGGGACUUCAUUUAGUGGCUGCCUCUCUCAUUUGAAUAUUGAACGCUUGGAACUUUUAAGUAAACUGUUUAAACUGGCAAAUCCUGUUCCUGAGAUGUUAUGUAAUCCAAAUAUUGUGGAAGCAGCUCUCACUUUAUUGAUUUUGCUUGCCAAAUCUGCAAUACCUGAACAACUUGAAAGAUUUGAGCCUGCUGUCUCACGGGGAAUCAUUUGCCAUUCUUUGAGUUACAAUUCCAACAUUACUGUUCAAAUGAGAGGUCUUCAGUUACUGCAAGUCCUUAUUGGAUGUCCUAGAAUUGUAACAUGUCUGUGUACUGAUGGAGAAUUAUGUCCCCUUGCAGCAAUGUAUACUAUGGUUGCCAAACUGGUAAAAGAUCCUACUGCACAGACCCAAAUUUAUCCUACUGUGAUAGACAUCUUGGAUACAAUCAACAGUGUACAGACAUCUGGAGUAUCCAUCAUGUUAAACACACACUGUUCUUGCAAUAUGGAGUGUGUGAAAUGUUGUGUAAAUCUGCUGUAUGACCUUCUUGAAAAUCAUCAAUCGAAAUGUGUAAAUGAGAACACAAAAGGGACAAUUUGUGUUGAGUGUGAUGACCUUGCACAAUGCCAGUGCAUGAGUGUGUUAUGCAAGGGAAUCCUUUUGUUGCAUGCCCUCAGCCAAAGAGACCAACACUUUGAAUACAGACUACAGGAUUGUGUACACAACUACACCAUCUUGGUUAGUCAACUGCAGCUUAUGUUAGAACAGGAUGAAGAUCAAUGGAAAACUGACACAUGUGCCUUGAAAGAAUUAUGGGAAUUUGUACUCGAUCCAGAUUCAUCAAUGGAAGAAGAUGAAUCCCAGGCAGAAAUAUCCAUGGAAACAACCUGA